AUGGAGCCACAAGCCAAAAAAAGAAAAGAAAUGGACAAAUGUGACACUUGGGAUGUUCUUCCAGUUCUCUCUGAUGAACAGUCUCGGGACACUGAAUUGUUGGCAGCCUACGCAGCACCCAUCAUCGAGAAAAGACAAACAUCUCGCCUGGUCAAAGAGCUUUCCCAGAUCCAUCCUUUACCCAGUCUGCAACACAUAAAAAGAGUGAGAGCUUGCAAAGACAAAAGCACUCCUCAUCCUUUAGAGGUCAUUGUGUGCUUAGCCAGUGAUGUGCAGGUCACAGACUGCAAAGGUGUUAUGCUUACUGAUCUGAUUCCCUCACAGUCUUUUGACUCCAGUGGUUUAGGAGUGCCUUUCCUUGUCAAAAUACCUGCCAAUCCUCCACUGACUAGACCACAGUUUGAAAAAGCAAGUAAACACUGGCCUACCUCAUUUCACGAGGAUAAACAAGUGACGUCUGCUCUGAGAGGCCAGUUAUUUACUGCCGAUCAGAAGGCUAAAAUGCAGGAGUACAUGACGGCAGCUGUACAGGCUGCAAAAUCAGGCGAGGAGAUGGGAAUGGAUGCGGUGGGCGCUGUGAUUGUUGACCCAGAAUCUGAGCAGAUUGCCGCAGUGGCUCAUGACUGUAAGCGCGGCUCUCAUCCGCUCCAUCAUGCUGUCAUGGUCUGUAUUGAUCUUGUGGCCUGUGGGCAAGGAGGAGGCACCUACGAUUACGAGAAAUAUCCAGCCUGUUGGUUUAACAGCUCUGAGACAUUUAGGAACGCCUGCAAUGGCAAAGAGAACGGUCUGCCUUAUAUCUGCACCGGAUAUGACCUUUACGUCACUCGGGAGCCGUGCGUGAUGUGUGCAAUGGCUUUGGUUCAUUCAAGAAUCAAUAGAGUGUUUUAUGGAGCAACCUCUGCAGAUGGUGCCUUGGGAACCAAGUAUAAAAUUCACUGCCAAAAAGAUUUAAAUCAUCACUUUGAAGUGUUUAAAGGGGUGAUGUUAAAUGCAUGUGAGGCUUUAGAAAAAAAGUAAUUUUUUUUUAUAAUUAGAGAGAAUAUUACAUUGACAUUUAUGAUGACAUUUUAAUUGUUUUUACAUUUCUAACUCCAGCCAAAUGUUUUUUUUAUUAAUUUGUUUUUAUUUUUAUUUUAAGAUAGGACCAUAAUAAAAAGUAUAGAAGGGAAACUGGAUUGCUGUGUACUUUUAAAUAUAAUAUUCGAUUAACAGACAAUCAAAGCAUGUGUCUUAUAUAUACACUACCAGUCAAAAGUUUUUGAACAGUAAGAUUUUUAAUGAUUUUUAAUCAUUUAUUUGAUCCAAAAUACAGCAAAAGCUGUAAUAUUGUGAAAUGUUUUUACUAUUUAAAAUGACUUUCUAUUUGAAUAUAUUUUAAAAUGUAAUUUGUUCCUGUGAUCAAAGCUAAAUUCUUAGCAAAUAUGCUGAUUUGCUCUUCAAACUUUUUUUUUUUAUUAUUAUCAAU